AAGAAAAUCUUUGUUGCGAUUGCGAUACAAGUUUGACAGUCUCAUUCAAGGUCUUGACAGCAGCAGAAGGGCAUUAAAGAGAAAGGAAUUAACAUAGUCUCAAAAAGUACAUAGACAAAGCUUGUUGAGACGAAAAAAAUUACAAAAAUAUGGCUGGAUCAAGUGGGCGUUACGUCAAAACAAAAGGUUCGAAUCCAUUUUUCGACGAAGAUGACGACGUGGAUGAUGACGAAUUCCUGAAGCGAGCACCAAACAGGUUUAACGGCUUUGGAGGAAAAUUAGCCAGCAGUUUAUCUGGCGGAAAUAACAGUUUCCAACCUCUGGACGGUGGAGAAAAUCAGAACAGUGCUGAAGAACGUAGACGGCAACUUCUUUUGGAAAAGCAGAAAAUAGAAGAACGAACUUUACAGGCAUCAGGUCGUGCUAAAGGAGUUUUGUAUGAAACUGAGCAAAUUGGAAUCUCCACUGCAGAGGAUUUGGUAAGGCAGCGGGAACAGUUGGAAAGAACUGGCAGCAGGCUGGAUGAGAUGAAUAAUUCAUUGAGAACCUCAGAGAGACACAUACAGAAUAUCAAGAGUGUGUUUAGCAGUAUGAAAAAUUAUUUUUCAAAGCCUUCAGAGCCCAUUAAAAACUCUUCUGAAGGUUCUUUGUUAAAAAGUGGUUCCAGUAGCAGCAGCAGCAACCUAUCUAAAGUGUUGGAGCAAAGCUCUUCCCAAUUCGACAGAGAUUCACCGUCACAGCAACAACACCCAGCAUUGAGGAUUAAAGGGCUGGAUAAUGACUUUGGUCACAAACCUCUUUCGAAUGUUGAUGAACAGUUGGAACAAGAUCUGGGUGACAUGAGCUUAUCUCUGUCUCGCCUCAAAGGACUCGCUCAAGGAUUAUCAACUGAGCUGGAUGAUCAAAACGUUUUGAUUGAUCGGUUGCAGACCGGUGCUGACAAGGCCGAUUGGAGAAUCCAACGUCAAAACAAAGAUAUGGAACGUCUUUUGAAGAAAUGAAAAACAUUUAUGCGAGUCUAUGUUGUUUCCAACAUGUGAUAAAAGAUUAGAAAAAAGUGGGGAAAAAAAAAACUCUUUUCUUUGUUUUUAACAAUCAAUUUCUGUCUCUUUCUUGCGCACCGCAUCAAUAAAUUGCAGCACACCCCCAGUGUGUAUAUAUAUAUUAUAUAUUCAUUGAACAAUACAUUUAGGUAAAACAUGGA